CAAUGCUGCUGCCCGUCAUGGCAGCUCUUGUCUGAGGUAGCUUCCAUCUGAGCCGACAUGCGCACAGCCUCCGGCACACUGGCGGCCCAUUCACUAUCAGUGAAGAAAACCCAGGCACCACACAUUGCGAAGAAGGGAGACAGAGAAGAGGGGGACGGAAAUAGAGAGGAGAUGCCCAUCUGAACCGACAAAGGUGGAGAUCUGCCCACUUAACUGCAAUCAUGCUUCACUCACUCUGCUGAUCUCUUUCUCUUGCAGCCAGCGGUACACAUCUGCAAAAGGACCGGCCAUCCAUCGAAUGCACAGGGCACCACGCACAGCUGCACUGCACGUGUAUCGAUCGAGGGACGCGGGCAGGCAGGCAGGCAGGCACAUUGAACACCCCCAUCGUUCAUUCAUUCAUGUCCGUGCCAGAGUCAACGAAUGGUACCCCCACAGCAGUAGGCACCCUCUCGUCCGUGUGUGGACGGAUGCAUGGAUGGAUGGAUGGAUGGCGCCCGUCGAUCACUUUUUGUUUCUGUGCCGCUUCUGCCACCGGUUGGAGUUGGGAUUGCCGCGACCGAAACCCACCUACUCACAUACACACACACACACACACGUGCACAGAUAGCCGCCCCGCUUGUGCCACAUGUGGCUCCCUGUUUGUCUCCCAUGCGUCCCUCCCUCCCUACCUGCACCGUGGGUCCACCCGACACGGCCAGCUUGCCCGAAGGCAGUGUGGUCCGCUUCCACCAACCUCGCUGCUCGUAUGCGAUGUCCUGACAACCAUAUCAACACGGCGUGAGAGACAGGGUGGUUGUUGGCUGUGCGCGCACGCGCACCUCAUUGAAAGGGUUUCUUGCCGCCUUUUCCUUCUGCUGUAUCUUCAUCUGUCGCCGCAUGAGCCGGUCGCGGCCGCCGAUCAUCAUCUCGUCCUCGGCAAAUAUUAUCGUGUGCUGCGUGAUACAAUGAACAGAGAAUACAACGGAUACACAUGUACAUGUGGCUCUCUCCCUCCCUCCGUGUCUCCCCCUCUCUCGGGCUCAGAUGACCCACCUGCUGCCUGCCCCCUUUUGGUUUGGGUAUGUCGAAUAUGGUGCCCUUAAGGUUGUUGCGCUUCCGGUUGUCGUGGAUCGACACCUCGCCCUCAUCGUUGACUGUGAUGGGCACCUGCAGGCAUGGCCAUCCCAUACACCCACAACACAAAGACACACCAACGCCAGUCGUCCUUUCGUCAUUUGUUGUGUCCUUAGCUCUGUCUGUCUGCCGUCGCUUACCCGCUGCACCGUGUUGUUGCCGCACUUGGGACAGAACCGGCGAUUCGUGUCCCGUGUGAACUCAUAACAUGCCCUGGGAGUUGGCGACACACGCAAGACACACGACAUAGCCAUGGCAGUGACACGCAUCGCAUCGCAUCCAAUGUGCGCAUGCCAUGCAUCCCUCCCCCAGUUGCUGACCUGCAAAUGAGUCCCCAGAGCUUGACGUUUCUGACGACAUAGCCGUCGAUGGUGAGGAUGUGCAGCCCCAUCUGCAGCAACACGUUCUGCAUCGAGUAGUCGGUCGUCACGCACGCCACGCGCACAGCUGAAUCCGGCUUGACGGCCAUGCCAAACCUGUUCAAACAGAACAAACAGAGCAAAAGACAGCUCGGGUGGUGUGGAGAGACCCUUGUGUGGUCUCUGUCUGUCUGUCUGUCUGUCUUGUCUGCUUACCGGUGGAUGUUGUCAGAUGUGACCCACUCCCCCUCCUCGUCGUUGUCGUCGUCAGUGUCCCCCUCCUCGCACUCAUCGCCGGCCGCUUCCUCUGUCGGAAGGUCGUCGGCUUCGUCAUGCUCUCCGCCCUCACCAUAGCACGCGGCAUCGUCAUCACGAUCACCAUCUCCCUCUGCCGCCGCAUGCCCAUCUUGUAUGUGUCCGCUCUCUGCGUCCAUCCCGUCCGUCGGCUCGAUGCUGUUCACCUGUUGCUCGGCCGGAGCUCUCGGCUCACUGUCCAGCUCUUUGCCUGCCCCAUCCACCACUCGUGAGGAGCUGUCGGCUUGUCCAGUGUCGGCUGGCUUCGGCGGGUUCCAGUGAAAGGCCGCCUGGCGGCUGUCGAAGGUCAGUGGCUUGGGUUUGCUGCGGAGCAAUGAGAUGUCGCCGGUUUCCCGCUGCAGCAUGAGGGUCAGAGCGAUCACCUGGAUGUCCGUCGACGACAGAUAUGGAAAGUCGCCUGCACACACACACACACAGACCACGGUCACAACCAACACGAGAAGGAAGAGCACUCAAUUCUCCAUCCGUCCAUCCGUCCGUGCGCGCCCUGUCCGUCCCUUGUCUGUCUGUGUGCUGCGUGCAGCCCACCUGUGAGCGAUGCGAAGUAUCUGACGAACUUGACGUCGGCUUCAGUGGGUUGUCGGGUGACGAUGGGCUCCGUCAUGGUGUCGAGGUGCAUCCUCGCCUGCGGGUCCUUGACCUCAUUCAUCACUGCUGCCGUGGUGUAGAGCUGUCCUCCUGCCUUCUCCACUCGCUUCAGCCGGAUCAAGGCGCCUGUGUCCAGAACCACUUGGCGGGUCACUGGCGGAGAUGCCAUUGCGCUGGCACCUGGAUCUACGGAUUCUUUCUUUCCCUUUUCC